GGUCUCGGGGAUGCAAUUUCCCUCUUUGAAGCUGAAAGUUGAAAAAGAAAUCGCUGAAGCAGGCAGGCCGCCACACGCUGAGCGCGCUUAUUCAAACACACUCCAAGAUCAGAUGAAUUGCGCUUUGGUCGCUGGGCGAUCGCAGGCGUCAAAAGACAAAAGGCGGCCUUGUUCGCGUUUGGAACGUGUGAGCAAAGCCCGCGAACAAGCGGCAACUUCUCCUCCAACGAAAUAAACUGCAACAAAAUGAGAUAGAAAAAGUCAUUUCAAAUGUUGCCGUGGAUCUAAAUCGUAAUGCGGUUCUGCCUCUUUAAAAUGUUCCGUUUUUGUUUUGGAGUCCCAGCGGAAGUCCCGACCCUAGACUUCCGGUAAGGUGUGCCGCUGUCACUUCGCGUCAGCUUGACAGCUUUUUUCUUUUUCACUUUGUAAAGACCUCAUUUGCUCCCUAUUUUGUUUCGCUCGUAUUCAUAUAAGCGUGGCGGGAGCGGACUGUUUUUCGCUGGCUGAUGUUUGACGUCGAGACGAAAUAAAAGUGACGAUGAUUCCUGCCCAGUGCGGACUUUCCGCCCGCGGCGGGGGCGUCGAUGGCGAACUUUGAGGACACGUUGAAGAUGCUGAGCGACAUGAUCCUGCUGUGCUCCACGUUGGCACUUUCGCUUUUCUUCUGGACGCUCUCGCUCACCCUCAGCACCUACUCGGGGUCGCUGCAGCCCGUGUCGCCGUGGCGAUGGCUCUUCUCCAUCCUGGUCCCGGUGGUGCUGAGCACGCGAGCUCUGAAGAGACGCAGCCUGGAUCGAUCGGGCGCGCUGGGAGCUGCGCUCGUGGGCUUCGUGCUGGCCAUGGCCAACUUCAGCUUCUUCUCGUCGCUGCUGGCCUUCUUCUUCACCUCGUCCAAACUGACGCGCUGGGGGGGAGCGCACAAGAAGAAAAUUGACGCCGACUACAAAGAAGGGGGCCAGAGGAACUGGGUGCAGGUGUUCUGCAACGGCGGCGUUCCCACACAGCUGGCGCUGCUCUACAUGAUCGAAGCGGGUCCGGGCGAGAUCCCCAUCGACUUCGGCCGGCAGUACACGGCGUCGUGGAUGUGCCUGUCGCUGUUGGGGGCGCUGGCGUGCAGCGCGGGGGACACGUGGGCCUCCGAGGUGGGGCCCGUGCUCAGCCGAUCGCGGCCCAGGCUCAUCACCACCUGGCGCGAGGUCCCUGAAGGAACCAACGGCGGCGUGACUCACGUGGGGCUGGCGGCCAGCUUGGCGGGCGGGCUGGCGGUGGGCGCGGCCUACUUGGCGUCGCAGCUGUUCUUCGUCGGCGACCUCCAGCCGUGCGGCCCCCAGUGGCCCGUGGUUCUGUACGGGGGCGCGGCCGGCCUGCUGGGCUCCGUCCUCGACUCCUUCCUGGGAGCCCACGUGCAGUACUCGGGUUUCGACUCGAGCGUCGGGAAGGUGGUGAGUUACGAAUCGCCCACCACGCACUGGAUCAGCGGCAAACCCAUCCUGGACAACAACGCAGUCAACCUCUUCUCGUCCGUCCUCGUCGCGCUCAUCCUGCCCGGGGUGGCCUGGGGCGUGUGGCCGCACUAGGGAGCGCUUUCGGUGACCGAAACAACAACAGACUCCAAAAAAAAAAAAAAAAAAAAAAAAAGUCCUCCAGUUCAGUCGGCGACAGGGCAAACGGAGAACUUUAUUUGGGGACUGUCUUCAUGGUGUUUUGUGUUGAAAAUAAAGCACAUAAACGGGUUUCAGCGUGCUGGUGUUCUGUUCAAGAAGAGAAGCGGCUUCAAAUGAAAAGAGGGGUGCUUUGAGAUAAGAGAAUGAAUUCAAGUUGUAUCUCAAAUGAGCUUUCCGCAUUGGAAUGAAAAGAAACGCCAUCAAUCCAUUUCAGCCUCCCCAAAACAAAACAUUUUGUCGUACUAUAUUGGACUUCAUAAAACAUAAUUCAAU